CUCAGACCGGGAUAAGCGAGAAGCGGGUUCCUUCUCGCUCUUGGAGCCCGGGGAACCGCCGUGGAGAUUAUCACGGCAGCACCAAAGGCUGUGCGCACACCCGGGGCUCCGCUCCCGCCUGGCGCGGGCGGCGCGGGAUCGGCUUCAGCACCACGGACAGCGCCCCGCCCGCGGCCUUCCACCCUGCGGCGCGCUCUGGCACGUUUAGGCGAGCCGGCGAGCUAUGCCAGAGGCAUGGCCUGGCUCUCAGGUCCCAUGGCGCUGCUCCUCAGCUUUGGCCUCCUCGGACUGUGCUCAGGAGUCUGGGGUACAGACACAGAAGAGCGGCUGGUAGAGCAUCUCCUGGAUCCUUCCCGCUACAACAAACUUAUCCGCCCAGCUACCAAUGGCUCUGAGCUGGUGACAGUACAGCUCAUGGUAUCACUGGCCCAGCUCAUCAGUGUGCAUGAGCGGGAGCAGAUCAUGACCACCAAUGUCUGGCUGACUCAGGAGUGGGAGGAUUAUCGCCUCACCUGGAAGCCUGAGGAAUUUGACAACAUGAAGAAAGUUCGGCUCCCUUCCAAACACAUCUGGCUACCAGAUGUGGUCCUAUACAACAAUGCCGACGGCAUGUACGAGGUGUCCUUCUAUUCCAACGCCCUGGUCUCCUACGAUGGCAGCAUCUUCUGGCUGCCACCUGCCAUCUACAAGAGCGCAUGCAAGAUCGAGGUAAAGCACUUCCCAUUUGACCAGCAGAACUGCACCAUGAAGUUCCGCUCGUGGACCUACGACCGCACUGAGAUCGACCUGGUGCUCAAGAGUGACGUGGCCAACCUGGACGACUUCACACCCAGCGGCGAGUGGGACAUAGUGGCGCUGCCCGGCCGGCGCAACGAGAACCCGGAUGACUCCACUUACGUGGACAUCACAUACGACUUCAUCAUCCGUCGCAAGCCACUCUUCUACACCAUCAAUCUCAUCAUCCCCUGCGUCCUCAUCACCUCUCUAGCCAUCCUCGUCUUCUAUCUGCCGUCUGACUGCGGUGAGAAGAUGACGCUGUGCAUCUCCGUGCUGCUGGCGCUCACCGUCUUCCUGCUGCUCAUCUCUAAGAUCGUGCCGCCCACCUCCCUCGACGUGCCGCUAGUCGGCAAGUACCUCAUGUUCACCAUGGUGCUCGUCACCUUCUCCAUCGUCACCAGCGUGUGCGUGCUCAACGUGCACCACCGUUCACCCACCACGCACACCAUGGCGCCCUGGGUCAAGGUCGUCUUCCUGGAGAAGCUGCCCACGCUGCUGUUCAUGCAGCAGCCGCGCCACCGCUGCGCCCGCCAACGCCUGCGUCUGCGGCGGCGACAGCGCGAGCGAGAGGGAGCCGGCGCCUUCUUCCGCGAGGCCCAGGGGGCCGACUCCUGCACGUGCUUCGUCAACCGCGCGUCGGUGCAGGGCUUGGCUGGGGCCUUUGGCUCGGAGCCGGCGCCGGCAGCAGGCCCCGGGCGCUCCGGGGGACCGUGUGGCUGCGGCCUCCGGGAGGCGGUGGACGGCGUGCGCUUCAUCGCAGAUCACAUGCGGAGUGAGGACGACGACCAGAGCGUGAGUGAGGACUGGAAGUAUGUUGCCAUGGUGAUCGACCGCCUGUUCCUUUGGAUCUUUGUCUUCGUCUGUGUCUUUGGCACGAUCGGCAUGUUCCUGCAGCCUCUCUUCCAGAACUACACCACUGCCACCUUCCUCCACGCAGACCACUCAGCUCCCAGCUCCAAGUGAGGCCCUCCCCAGCUCCAUGCUCCUUCAGCCCCUCUGUUGGACAAUAGUUUUGGGUGGAGAUGAGUGAACUACCAGAAAGAGAGGUGCUGCCCCCACAGACCCAUCAUUUCGCUUCAGCUGGAGCCCCUCGCCUCCCCUCCCCCCACACCCAGCCAGCACUAACCUGGAGGCUGGACCAACUGCGUGGUGUCCUGGCGGCUCUCCUCCUCUUGGACCAACUCAGGCAAUAGUGUUGCUGCUGGAGGACGAAGGCUGAGAAGUGGAGGAUGGAGUAAAGUCAUCGGCUGCCUCCAAGUCAUGGAAAAGGGCUGUGCAGGAGCGGGGGUGGGACAGGGGCUCUGACACUGUGCUGGGCUGGCCUGAGACCAUGCAGCUCAGAAGGGAGACGCGAGGGGGAGAGGGGUCUGGGUGUGGCCUGAGGUCUGUCCUCGCUUAACUGGACAGCAGCUGACUGGGUGGGCCUCACAGUGGCCCGGGGCUCCUGCUCAGAUGUUAGCCUGGUGCUGAGGUAGGAGUCCUGGGGGAGAGUUCCUGCCCCACAGCCCCUCAUUUCUAUGCAGCCCAGUGCUCAGCCCCAGGUCCCCUUCUCCCAGUGAAGGAUUCUCCCUAGACUUCCUUUCUUAUUCAGGCCAGGGCGUGGGAGCAAGGUUUGGUAUUAGGGGCGCCUCUGAGUUUCCAAUCUUUGGGUGACCUACUUGGAGCGUAAAGGCUAAAUUCUCAAACUGUAUGAGUUCAGCUUCACAGGCUGUUCCUCUCCCUCCUCCCCACCCCCUACCUCGCCUGCAGUUUGAACGGACUGCUUGCUGGAGUAAGUAAACUAAGGAUGUUAGCUUUCAGCAGACCCAGCCCUUUUGCCCGCAGCAGAGCAGGCUGGGCAGGAGAGGGCUGGCUGUGGAGGCCAGCCAAGCAGGGUGUGAAUGGCCAGAGCUCUGCCACAUCAGCACGGCUCCUGCUCCUGUCCUUCUAUUCCUGGCUCCAUCCUUCCUGCUCUGGCUCCUCCCCUUCCUCCUCCCAACCAAACCUGAGCUAGGCUGCUGCAGAACUUGGGAAGGACAAGUCUGCACAGCGGACUGCAGAGAGCAUGCCCUGGAGGCUGUAUCCUGACGCUUCUCUCAGGGGCUCCCCCGGCCUAUGACCAGGGAAACAGACCUCUUAAGGGAUCAUCAGGCCCAGCCCCCAUCACAUGACCGGCUCUGAUUUGUGGUCCCAACAUGGGCUCAGUGCUCAGCCAGCAGGUCACAGAGGGGUCUGUCUGCCAAGGGCAUCUAAGGCACCUGCCUGACACACCAUGCUCUUCUCUGGAGUCCAGCUGGACGCCUGCUUCUGCAGGCACUGAAGUGGGGACACGCAGUGUAAGUGCAGACUCUGGGUGCCCUGCCACUUACUCUCAGCCAUCCUGAGCAAGUCUGGCUAGGCCUCAGUUUGCUCAUCUAUAAAUUGGGGCUAGUAACCCCUCUUCAUGGGGUUGCUUUGAGGAAGGCAUGACGUCUGUGAAAAAGCCCAGCACUGCACCUGGUGUAGAGUAGAUGUUUGGGGGGUCAUCUGAGAGGCAGGCAGAGCUGGUGGGCAUGGGCUCAGCCACCUGUCAUGUCAGUCUUCCUCCCAGACCUACCCUUACACUGGAGGAAAUAGCCCCCUGAAACAGGGCCUGGGUCUGGGGGAGCUGGGGCUGGAGAGAUACCACACAGGGGGUGCUGGGGUGAGCCUAACAGUCUUCUGGAGCCCCUCCAGCAAAGAUUUGUCCCAUUCCUGGGCUGAGCUCAGGCUCUGGCCUCCCGACACAGGUGUGUGCUCAGGCUCCCAGGAGAUCUGGUCCCGUGCUGGCUGUGGAGGAACUCCAUCCAGAUAUUAAACCAGCAGCUGCAUGAGGUGUGCAUCUCCCCACCUGCCAGAAUGGGCAUGCAGACAUCUCUUUUGGGGGGUGAGUGUCUCGGCACUACGGAGACUCCCUUCUUCUCGAAACAGCAGAUGGACGGUUGCCUGUGUUAUCCCUGGACCCACCUUAAACUCACAGCCCUGAGGAAACAUCCUAGAAUCUGAAACAGCUAUUGAAAAGGAACUCUCCCUCUGAAGGGGAAGGUGCUGACCUGAGGCCUUUCUGCCCAGCUCUCCCAGGCUCCUUGCCAGGGCAGGGCUGCUGGGGAGGCCCCAUCAGCUGCUGUCCUGGCUGGACUUGCUUCCAGUACUUGCUGCAAGUGGCUUUUGUCCAAGGAAAUUACUCGACAGUGCCAGAAGGGCUGCUAGAGAGUGGCUUGUCCAACUCCUCUCCAUGAACCCCACCGACACACAGGGAAAUGCAGGCCCGGAGGUUGUCUGCUGCCUGACCUUGUACAGGCUCUGAACUCUGAACUUGUUCAUCCUCAUCUGUGACUUGAGGGUGACAGCUGACUGAGGACUGCAGCAAGGGUGUGAAGGAUCAAUGUAUAGAAGAAAGGGUUAACCAGGCAGGUUCCCUGGGGCCGUAGCAUUCCCUCCAUCUCUGGGUGCAGGCCCUUGCGGACUGCCCGUUGGGAGGACGGAGGUGUAGGGAAGAGGGCUCAGGCAAGGUGUUACCAUGUGUCAGUACAGGCUCUGAACCCUCAGGGUAUUGAGAAGCUUCGGAGAACCAGUCUCUUCCACUCAUGGGUCCUCUCUCCUCUUGGUGGUGUUGGGGAUGCCUCUUGGCCCCUUCCAUGGGGGGUGGGGGGGGGAAGGGGGGCAUGGUGGGCAUCUCUGGAGAGAACUGGGUACCCAGCUCAGCACCAGGUCAGGACAGGCGGGGUGGGGGUGGGUGGUCCCGCAUAUGAAGAGAGAGGGAGAGAUGCUGGAUGGAAACCCAAGCAAGCUGGACUUGGGAGACGGCAGCGAGCAAACAGUUGAGAUUGUCUCCAUCAGAGACAGGAAGGCCACAGGCCAUCUGAGAACCAUCUUUCAUCUGAAAAGAAGGCAUGAAAAACUGUCUGCUUGUGAUGACUGGCACUGCAGCAGGAGGAAGGCAGUUUUCUGGCAGUGAGGAGUCUAAUACUGGAACAGCUGGUCCCGAGUUAUUACAGGUUUAAAAGCAAAUAAGACACGGGCAGCGCCCAGCUGGCAUUUCUGUGGUGGAAGGUUGGCUGCGCAGGAAGGGCGGGUCGUUUCCCCCUAGGGAAAGAGGGAGGGCGUGCAGCUUCGUCUCCUGUCCUGCGUCUCCUCCCACCCCCAGUGGGAGCUGCAGGGCACCAGUGGCCUGCUCCGGGCCAGCUGCUUCAGAUGCCUUGUUUUUACUCCUCACAACAAUCCUGCCCCUGUUGACAGAAGAAAAAUGAGGCCCAAGAGACCAAGAAAUAGCUGGUAAGUAGUGCUGGCCUGAAAUCCCACACUGACCCCAGAGGCUAUGCUCUAUGGCCUCUGAGGCUGGAAGAAGAGCUUCCUUGGGAGGGAAGUGAAGGGCAUCAGGGUCUUCUCUGAAUCCCCUCCCGACUCAGUUCCAGUUGUCACCUUCUGCUUAUAGGUAGAGUUGGGCUGGCGUCACAGCAUCCCUCACAAGCCAACUCAUGCUGGCCAGUCAGCCACUCACGACUAGACAGAGAACAAACAGCCACCUUUCAGUAUUCAUCCCAAGUCUCAGAGGCCAGUUUGAGUCACGUGGUUCCUACGGGACUGUUGGUCUAGGAAUCAUUAGGACACCUCACCCACCUGCUGUGUCCGUCUUCCCCCACACUGGCCUUGGCCACCCCAUCUGCUCCUGGAAUAUUUGCACUGGUCUAGCCCACUCCAGGCCAGACUCAAUAGGAACUCACGAUUCUCAUAAAGAAAGUUGUUUCCAAAGA